AUGUUGAAAGUAAGAUAUUUGGUUUUGAUAUCCCAGCUAUUUACUGUGAUCGACACCUGUUUGAGGACCGGAUUGCCUGAUGGGUUCACGAUCCCACCAAACUUUCUUACUACACUACCGCCGACAACUAUACCCGCAGGCAAUAAUGAUCGUAAGUUUUUUUUACUAUGUACAGGAAUUACGAAAGCCACUAUAAAGCUAAUAUGCGUAAGUGUCCCUCCGUGGGACUCUCAAGAAACCACAAAGACUGCUUGUAUCGUGCAAAUUAAUCUUCUGAUCUUAUUUUAGGUUGUGUGGUCCCAGAUGGGACCCUCGGCAUCACCUUUGAUAAAGGCGAUUUCACGCCCAAUGGAGAUACUUCAGGCUUUGUCAAAGCCCCCGUAGCUCGAUGCACAUCCUGUCAAACGGGGCAGAGAUAUUUCUUCGAUCCCACUGAUCAGAAUACGAUGGACGACGCAGGUUCCAAUGGCCAAGAAGCGGCCAGAAUUUCAUGCGAUAAUUGGGCCAACGCCUGUGUUUGCAACAGCGCCAAUGAUUGCUGCACCUUUGACAGCAACAAUGUCAACUUUGCCAAUAUGGCAGUAUGGUGUGAUGCCAACAACAGUAGGUUCAAGUGUGAGUAAUGGUAACAGUAAUUUGUUCAGAUUGUCAGCAGUACAUGAGUAUUAAAGGAACGGCCACAUUAAACUGUCCGAGUGGUAAUACUUAUGCACUGGAUGGAGCUAAGGCUUUCAGUACCGCGGGGAAUUACUUCGAGGUGAAUGCAUUCAGCUGCCAGAGUUGUAAUGGGAUCAACAGUGAUCCCUGUAUGGGACCCACCGUUCCAGUAUAG